GCGCAAACCAUAUAUUGCGGAUUAAACAAUGAGAUAUGCAGUUAUCCAUGCUAUAUUCAAGUAAGCAAAUUAAGUAUCACGUUUAGCGUCACUCGAUUCUGGUCGGUUUACACCUCAUCGUAGUAAGACUUGAGCCAAGACGACGUUGGAAUCUGGAAUCUAAAGCAUUCCUUGUUUAACGGCAGGGCAGUCUACACACUUUAUAUAUAAUAUGGCUGCUAAGCAAUAGUACCCUCUAUGGAAUGUCACUCGCUCAGGCCAUGCAACGAAAUUACAUCUCAAUAGUCAAUCUCAUAUUCAGAAACGUCGUUCACAAACGAAACAUGAGUUCUCAGUCAACUGGGCCGAUUCACUUUGGCCCGUUUGAGGUCACGCGUCAGGUCUUCCUCACAACACCGCACUCCUUCGCCCUCGUCAACAUCAAGCCUCUAUUACCGGGCCACGUACUGAUCUGCCCGCGACGACCGCACAAGCGGUUAACAGAGCUCACAGCGCCCGAGAUAACCGAUCUCUUCCAAGCCGUGCAGCGCGUACAACGCAUGCUAGCGCGGCACUACUUCACAUCAUCUCCCCCCUCGCGGCAAAGCAGCAGCGACGACAACGCCGCCCCCGCCCCCGGCACCCCCGAGGCCGGGUCCUUCAACAUCGCGAUCCAGGACGGCGCCGAGGCGGGCCAGACCGUCCCCCACGUCCACGUCCACGUCAUCCCGCGCAUCCGCGGGUCCACCGCCAAGGAUGAAGCUGGGCCCGGCGACCAGAUCUACGAGGCCAUGGCUGCGGAGGACGGGAACGUCGGCGGGGCGUUAUGGGAUCGCGAACUAAAGAAGCUCCAGCAGCGGCUGGGUAAGCGACCCGAACCCGGCGGUAGCUUCCCCAGCAUCGAAGACUCGGAGCGACAUCCGCGGACGGAGGAGGAGAUGGAGGCUGAGGCCAAGGUAUUCCGGAGUGUGCUGGAGCAGAUGGGAGAGGAGGCCGAGGGAGAGCCUAGGUAGGCAAUAACUGCGCUGGCGGAGGGUUCCGCACCUGUCUGGACGUGGGUGGUGCGUCUUUCUUGCUCUAACUAACCUGGUGUAUAAUUGAUGAGCUAUGUUCUAUGUAUAAUGUCUAUAUCAAAUAAACCAUCUAUAACGAACAGAUUAUAUCAUAGUAUGCGAUCCGCGAUUCGCUGGCUAUACG